AUGCCGGCAACAACAACCACCGAAACCAUCUCUAUAGUCUCCCAAUCUACCGUCUCCGUCGCCCCACUCGUCCUCCUCUCCGUCUGCGAUCACUACGGACGUACAGCAAAGGGCACCAAAAACCGCGUCGUCGGUGUACUUCUAGGCCAGAAUGUCGGUGAAGGUCGUCUCGUCCGAGUCACGAACUCCUUCGCUGUCCCCUUCGAGGAAGAUGAUAAGGAUCCAUCAGUAUGGUUCCUCGACCACGACUACGUCGAGAGCAUGAACGACAUGUUCAAGAAAGUCAACGCCCGUGAGAAGCUUAUCGGGUGGUAUCACAGCGGGCCUAAGCUACGAGCCUCGGACUUACAGAUCAACGAGCUUUUCAAACGAUACACACCGAAUCCUUUAUUGGUUAUUGUAGAUGUGGAUUUGCAGGGUGUCGGUGUGCCCACAGAUGCCUACUUUGCUGUGGAAGAGAUCAAAGAUGACGGUACAACGACAGCCAAAACCUUCGUCCACACCCCCUCUAUCAUCGAAGCCGAAGAAGCCGAAGAAAUCGGUGUGGAACACCUCCUCCGUGAUAUUCGCGACGUCGCCCAAGGAACUCUCACAGCUCGUAUCGACGCCCAGCUAAAAUCCCUCCAGGGCAUGCAUCACCGUAUUGGCGGUAUUGCCGCAUAUUUGGACAAAGUCAUCGAUGGUCAACUCCAACCUAACCACAGCAUACUAGGUCACUUGCAGGAUGUAUUCAACCUAUUACCCAACCUGUCGACGCCGACGGAUAUCGAUGUCGAAGGCGAGGGUAGCUACGGGGAGAGUAAUGAACUUGCAAGGGCGAUGAGCGUGAAGACGAAUGAUCAGUUGAUGGCUAUCUAUCUGAGUGGACUGAUCAGAGCAAUCAUCGCAUUCCACGAUUUGAUCGAUAAUAAAAUUAUGAAUAGGCAAUUAGCAGAGGAGAACGAAAAGGAAAAGGAAGGGAAGAAGGAAGAAGGCGAAGGUGAAAAGAAGAAAGAGGAAGGUAAGGACACGAAGGAAGGAGAGAAGUCGAGUCCGAAGGCCGAGAAGAAGUAA